AUGUUUAGGCUCCUAGUAAAAAUUACAUUUUUUAUAAAGAUCUUUCCAAAUUCAAUUUAAUUACCAAUAAGAUUACUUUUAGGAGUUACUCCUAAUGCUAUUUUUGAAGGUUCCAUAUUAAAAACUCUAACAUCUAGUGGAAUAAUAUUUAUAGAUAUAACAAAUGGACAAAUAAAAAGGCAAACAAACUGCUUCUAUACAAAUGAUGUACCAGCACAUAAGGUGUAAAAAUAUCAUGUUAGGGUAAUAGUGUACAUUUAACAUGAUAGGAUGUAAGGUGUUUAACAAGAAUUGGCCAAAAUAAAUACUUAAUCAAAAAGAUUGACUUUUACUAUAUAAAAAAAUCAAACAAAACCUCAUAAAUAAAACCAAAAAGAAACUGGGCCUUUUUCGACCCAAUAUUAUAAAAAUAAAUUAGAAAAAAAUUUAAAAUUCUAAGCAGAAAGAAUUAAUUUCCCUUUAUUAUAGAUAUUUGCAAAGAAAUAUUUAGGAAUGAAAAAGAGAACAAACAAGAAGGUUCAUUAAAAAUCAAAAAAUUUUGCAGAAGAAGAGAAAAACACUACUUUAUGA